AUGAGAGCCUUAGGAAAACAUACGGAAAAUAGAUCAACGAAAAUGUUAUCCAAAGGCACAACAGCUAAUCUAAAUCAAGGAAAUGGUGGAGACUACCUGAUCGAGAUCAAUGGUAAUGUCCUCAACGUUUACGGACAAGGCGCACUCCGUUUCAUUGACAGACCUUGGAACACAUCAAAGGCCAAAGAAGUUACCACGGUGAAAUUUAGUUACCUCGACUUCAAUUACAUAUCCCUCAUACUAGGAAGAGUAAAAUAUAGGUUUCCUAAAGCGGAGAAUUACUGUUUUGUUGAGACAAACAUCUAUUGCCUGGGUCAGAUCAACGCUUUAGCUGACAUUCAGGGCCUCACUUCACUGACCAUUGAGAAAAAGGGAAAUCCAAUAUCGGAGAAGGAAUGGAGAAGCUAUGCAAUUUAUCGCUUGUCACAUUGGGGCUUAAAAACAAUUAACGAAUCACAGGUAUGGACUUAUAACUAA